AUGUUCGCUGCCCUCGCCCUCCUCCUCGCUGCGCCCGCCCUCGCCUCCUGGGGAGACUACUGCAACUCUGAUGGCCUGCCUGGCGUCUGCGUCUGGCGCAACGAGUGCCUCCAGUACCCCAAGGCCUACCCGUACGCGGGCUACUGCCCCGGCACCCCCGCCGAGGUGCAGUGCUGCUACGUCCCCAACUGUGCCAUUGUCGAGGACAACCGCUGCCCCGGCGACCAGAGCGUCAAGUGCCACGUCGUGUCGGGCAAGUGUGCCAUUGUUGCCGAUGGCCAGUGCCCCGGCGGGUCAAACUACAAGAAGAUCCUCGGGUUCUACGGUAACGGCAAUGUCAAGUGCUCGUAG